AUGACUUUACUUUAUUUAACGGAUGAUUGUAUUUUUUACAUUUUACAACAACUUCAAAAUGAUCGCUCAACUUUAUUUAAUUGUUUAUUAGUUAAUCGAUUUUGGUGUAAAUCAACGAUUCCCUUACUUUAUGCAAAUCCUUUUGUAAAUAUAACCGAAAAAAAUUACUCGAUAAUUUUGACCUUAAUUUUCUGCUUUAAUAAAGAAGAAACUUUACACUUAAAGAAUGUAUUAGAUAUAAACCAGAUUAAUAAUAUUGAUUUGGACGAGGAAUACAACCCAUUAUUUGAAUAUCCAAAAUACUUAGAAAAAUAUAAUUAUUUUACGAUAAAUUCCGUAAUUAAUAGAUGUUUACUAAAAAAUUGUUUAAAUUUACCAACUUCUCAUAUUAAAAUUUUUGAUAUUACUCCAAUAUUUCAUCGAUCAAUUUUACGUCAAAGUAGAAAUAUUAAACAAUUAGAUAUUUUGUUAUAUUUAUUUUAUAAAGAUAGUUUUAAUAACUUUAAUGUUCAAAAUUUCACUUCAAAUUUAACAAGAUUAAAUUCAUUAUCAUUCAAUUUUCAUUUGGUGGGCUCUGUUUAUAAUGAAAUUGGACAAGAAUUUUUAAGCAAUAUAGCGAAUAUUUGUUUAAAUUUGAGGAAACUAAUAAUUAAGCUUCCUCGAACUCCAAGAUUUUUAUCUCAUCAUGUCACUUCCAAUAAUUUAAUCAAUUCUACUACUUCAGAAAAAUUUUGUACAAUUAUUCAAAAUCAAAACAAACUUAAAAAAUUUAAGAUAAUGAAUUGUUACUCUUCAUUAAAUAAUAUACUUUUAUCUUUAGAAUUUCAAAAGAAUUCCUUAGUUCAUGUUGAAUUUACAAGCACUAACUUUAAUAAUGUUAGUUUAAAGAAUUUAAAAGGUUUAUAUAAUUUAAAAUAUUUAAGAUUUGAAAAUUGUGAAGGUAUAUUAUUAGAUCAAUGUGAGGUUUUAAAUAUUACUUCAUUUAAGUUAAUGAAACUAUCACUUAAGCGUAAUAAUUGGAUUGUUGAUGUUACAUCUUUCAUGAUCAAAUAUUUAGGUGCAUCAUUACAAAGAUUAUUGGUUGAUAAUCCAACAAUACCUCUUAUUGAAAAUGUAUUAAUGUUUUGUUCAAAACUUAUUUUUUUAAAAAUAAGAAUCAAUUACCAUUUUGAUUUAUCAGUGUUACCCUUUUUCAAAAAUUUAAGAAUAAGAAUAUUAAAUAUUAAUAUUACUUCUUAUAAUCCUAAUAAUAUUAAUGAAUUUUUUAUAAAUUUAGCAAAUAAUAUACCUACCAAUAUUAGUAAUAUUUCUAUUUAUAUUUAUUCUCGUAAUUCAAAUAAGUUUUUAAGAUUUAAGGAAUUUUUAGAAAAUUGUCAUAAUGAUUUCAAAAUAAUUAAUUUAAAUCACAUUGUAGAAUUAGAAUUUCUUAAAAUUGUUUUAAAAUAUAUUGAAAGAAGUAACAAUAAUUUAAAAAUUUUUGGUAUGUUGGGAUUAGAUAAAGAAUUUAAUGAUGAGGAAUUAAAUUUAUUGAAUCAAAUUAAAGAUAAAGGGGUUAAAAUAGUGGAAUAUUAUAGCUUUUAUAAUUAUUUAUGA